AUGGCUCCAGACAUCAACACCAUGCCGCCCUCCGUGGUCCCCACGACCAAGGGACCAGAUGGUUCAAGGCCCAACAUCCUCUACAUCAUGGCCGACCAGCUGGCGGCCCCCCAGCUCAAGAUGUACAACCCAGAGUCGCAGAUCAAGACGCCCAACCUCGACCGCCUCGCCGCCGGCUCGGUCCAGUUCGACUCGGCCUACUGCCCGUCUCCCCUCUGCGCCCCGUCGCGCAUGAGCAUGAUCACCGGCCUGCUGCCCAUGAAGAUCGGAGCCUACGACAACGCCUCCCAGAUCAACUCGGAGAUCCCCACGUACGCCCACUACCUGCGCUCCAAGGGCUACCACACGGCCCUCGCCGGAAAGAUGCAUUUUGUGGGCGAUCAGCUCCACGGCUACGAGCAGCGUCUGACGAGCGACAUCUAUCCUGGCGACUUUGGCUGGGCCGUCAACUGGGACGAGCCCGACACCCGCCUCGAGUGGUACCACAACGCCAGCUCCAUCCUCCAGGCAGGCCCCUGCGGACGCAGCAACCAGCUCGACUACGAUGAGGAGGUCAUGUACCGGAGCACCCAGUACCUGUGGGACCACGUCCGCGAGGGCCCCAACAAGCGCCCGUUUGCCCUGACGGUGUCUCUCACUCACCCCCAUGAUCCGUACACCAUCACCAAGAAGUACUGGAACCGGUACGAGGAUGUCGACAUCGCGCUGCCCAAGGUGCGGAUCCCCAAGGAGAAGCUCGACACGCACAGCCAGCGCCUGAUGCGCGUGUGCGACCUCUGGGACCAGGACUUUACCGACGACCAGAUCAAGAGGGCCAAGCGGGCGUACUACGGCUCCGUCAGCUACGUCGACGACUGCAUCGGCAAGCUGCUCGAGACGCUCGACGAGGCGGGCCUCGCGGACAACACCAUUGUCAUCUUCAGCGGCGACCACGGCGACAUGCUGGGCGAGCGCGGGCUCUGGUACAAGAUGAGCUACUUCGAGUCGUCGGUGCGGGUGCCGCUGCUGGUCAACUACCCGAAGUGGUUCGACGCGCACCGCGUGUCCAAGAACGUGUCGACGCUGGACCUCUUGCCGACCAUUUGCGACCUUAUCGGCACCAAGCCGGCGCCGUACCUGCCCAUGGACGGCGUCAGCAUGCUGCCCCACCUGCUCGACGAGAAGCAGGGCCCGGACACGGUGUUCGCCGAGUACACGGGCGAGGGCACGGUGCGGCCCAUGAUGAUGAUCCGCCGCGGCCCCUGGAAGUACAUCACCUGCCCGGCCGACGAGCCGCAGUUCUUCAACCUGGAGCGGGACCCGCAUGAGCUCAACAACCUGGCGGCGGUGCUGGCCAAGCGGGAGCCGCAGACGCCCGACGAGGAGGAGGCCAAGGCCGUGUUCGAGCAGUACGACGCCGAGGCCAAGGCCAAAUGGGACUUUGACGCCAUCACGGCGCAGGUGCUGCAGUCGCAGCGCAGCCGGCGCGUGGUUUGGGACGCGCUCAAGGAGGGCGCGUUUACGAGCUGGGACUUUGACCCCGUCGACGACGGCCGCAUGAAGUACAUCCGCUCGACGAUUCCGCUCGACGACCUCGAGCGCCGCGCCCGCUUCCCGUUUGUGGACAGCCAGGGCUACGUGGUGAGCAAGACGGUCAGCUCGACCCGCAACUGA